GCUUGGUACACUUGACAACCAUUUCCUGAUGAAAAUACUUUAAGAGAGGCAACUAAAAACAAGCUAUUUCUAAAGACUGAAUAUUCCAUUUGGUGUAGGAGGCAACAACAGAACCACAAAGACUGAGAGCUAAAAUGAAUGAAAAUAUUUAUGGAGAUUUUAAUUAUACUGACUGUGAUGGGAAUGAAAAAUGCACCCCUAUACCAUUCCCUGAAGAACUUUUGUCUGUGAUAGAUCCUCGCCACUGGAUCGCUCUGAUUUGCUACGGCAUUGUCUUCCUGAUAGGUGUCCCCGGCAAUGGACUUGUGGUGUGGGUUACAGCAUUCCGAAUGCCCAACUCUGUAAAUGCACAAUGGUUUUUGAAUCUAGCUAUUGCAGAUCUGUUGUGUUGCUUAUCCCUGCCUCUGCUUAUGGUACCACUUGCCCAGGACAUGCACUGGCCUUUUGGUCCACUGGCUUGCAAAGUACUACACGGUCUGUUCUACAUGAUGAUGUACUGCAGUGUUCUGCUCCUGGUCGUGAUCAGCUUAGACCGCUUUCUACUUGUAACCAAACCUGUGUGGUGCCAGAACCGGAGGCAUCUGAGGCCAGCCAGGUUGACCUGUUUGGUGAUUUGGAUUCUGGCACUCUUAGGAAGCUCUCCUCAGUAUGCCUAUAUGGAGCAAAAAGAAAAUAAAGACACAGACAAAAUAUUGUGCGUUAGUGUCAUUAGCCAUGGUCACGCUUGGGCUGUGACCCUUGUCCGUUUUUUACUGUCUUUUCUGCUACCUUUCUUCAUAAUCUGUGUCAGCCAUUGGAAGGUGUUCCAGACAACAAGAUAUGGGCGUGGGAAAAAAGGCAAUGAUAAGUCUGCCCGCACGCUGCGUAUAGUCCUUACUUUGGUGAUAAGCUUCUUCAUUUGCUGGAUUCCUAUACACAUCGUCGAUCUUCUUAAAUUGAUUACACACAACAUAUCGGGAAGCGUUCAUCAAGCCAACCUGCGUCUAGCCCAUGUGUUGGCGCUCUGCUUGGCAUACAUUAACAGCUGCCUCAAUCCUCUGCUCUACGUAUGUCUUGGACGUGGUUUUAAGGAAAAUCUGAUCAGCUCACUGCGUAGUGUGCUCCAUUUUGCUUCCGAGGCACCACCCAUUGGAAAGAGUUUUACUGCAAGCAGUAAGACAACCACAGAUGGCAACACUGGCAACAUUAAUUUGAAGCCCCUGUGAAACCUUGCCAAGACAAGUGGAUUCAAACAAGAAGUUCUAUACCUGGGGAGAUCAGUAUUUUAUCAUUCCCAUUAAUUUCAUUGCUGGUUGAUCAAUUAGUGCAUUUUAAUCCUGAAAGUGUGCGACCUUGAUGCUGACAUCUUUGCUUUAAGGACACUCAGUUCCAGAAACAUUAAGCCAUAAAUGCCAUGACUCUAUAUUAGGACUUCAUGCAGCUGAGAUGCCCGUAGUCAUUAGCCGCUUUUCCACUAUCGGGCCGAAUUGUUCUCAUUGCAAAGCCAUGCAGUUCCAAGCUAGUUGGCAUGUUUACUGUUUCUUUUUCCAGUGUGGGAUCAGAAUAUAUGUAGCAAAUAUGUCUGUUGGUGAUGACAAAAGAGGUUAAGAUUGGCGUGAGUGAACUAUGGAGACUGAUCACAUAAUCCAGUUUUUAGGAAUGCUUUUUUCCUUGGAACUUUUCCAUCAUCGUGCUAAGACCGUUCGGCCUGAUGGUGGAAAAGAACUUAUUGAGACUCAUUCCUCUUUGGGCUCCAUUCAACUCACAUCACUUAUGUCAGUCUACCUGGCCAUUCUUGCUCAAGCAAUAUGUCCCAUUAUCCAGUUUCUUUUUUUUUUUUUUGUCUAAAUAAACUGUUACUUUUCGCAACUAAGCUCAUCCUCUUUUUUUUUUUGAUGCAAUCUCAGAAUCAGGGUUAUAAAACAGUGUUUGCUGAACCGCUUAUAUAAUCAACAGCAAAAUGAAUUGUUUUGUAAAAAAUUUGACAUAAGCUGUGAUAUAGAUGUUUAAAAUGAAUGCAAUGAGAUAAAAAAAAAGCCACUAUCACAAAAUCAAAUGUCUUUCUAUUGAGUUGAAAAAUACACGCAAAAAGAGCGUAACCAAUGUAUUCCGAUUCACAAGCAAAUUACUCUUUUGAACUGGUUCUUUGAACCGAUUAUUUUAAAGGACUCACAAGUUACUGGUUUUAAUCAGUCUUCUAAAAUAUCACUGAAUCAGUCAGAAAGGUUACUGAAUCAACAUUUGACUCACUGAAUUGAAGUUACUGUUAUUUUCAGGAAUGAAUCAAGAGCUAUUUUAACCUUUUUAAGAUUAAGAUUUCACAAAAACAGCAAUCUGGUACACUGGUACAAAAUGUGCAUUAAUACAUCAUAAAAAUGAUUGUGUGUGUGACAAAUAUAUUUGUUUUCUGACAGAAUUCUCUAGAAAGAAAUUGUAUCCACUUGUUUUGUAUUCAUUCAGUGUUAUAGGUUUAUUUUAGAAAACAAUUAAGGCCCUAUUACAGCACCAGGAGCAUUAGUUUCUGUUGUUGAUGUUACAAUCUCCAAAGCUCAUUGUCUAAUACCCAUAUGGACUGUAAUCAUUUAAAUCAAAUUUCAAAUUGC